GCGGUCUCGGAGCGGUUGGAGCUGGCGCCAGCUGGAGGGAGAUCGGAACCGCAGGUGGCGACCCUCUGCGAGGCAGGUGAGGUCUACCUGGCGCAGCACAUUGGAGAACAGGGCAGAUGGGUCUCAUCCACCGACAGGAAGAGCUGCAUGACGAACAAGCUCGAGAUCCUCGAGUACUGUAAAAAG